UGUUGUCCUUAACUUUCUCUACGACUCGUUUUCUACGUAUCCUCGUCACUUUCUACGUCAUCAUUGUUGUCGUCGUCGUUGUCGUCGUCAUCGUCGUCAUCGUUGUCGUCGUCGUAGGCGUCUUCUACUUCUCCGUCGUCAUUGUGAACGUAUUCUGGAAACUUGGACUCGCCUCGUAAUAGAUUCUGCCUCGAUUAAAUAGUUUCUUCAGAAAUAAUAAUGGCGGUGACAGAAGAUCACAUGGAUCCACUGUCCGGAGAUGAAGCUGAUGUUGAGGAUGAGGAAAGAAUCGACGAAGCCUCCAAAGAAGAUGAAGCUGAUGCAAAGAAAAAGAAUAUUGCUGGGAUGAAUGAUGUGAUUAGCAAAAUUCUAGGCAAAGCAAUUAAAGAAGAUGAAAUGGGUGUUGUAUUGUCAAAAUAUAAGGAAGGGAAAAAAAGAAAACAAGAAAAGGAAGAAGAAGAUGCUGCAAAGAAGGCAAGAGUCAAAACAAAAACUGAAUUCAGGGAGAAAAACCAUGUUGUUCCAGAUAGAUCUAAUGCUGAAAAGGAAGUAGCUCUUCGCAAAAUUGGUACAAAAGGAGUUGUGAAACUUUUUAAUGCUGUAACAAAACACCAAAAGGAAGUUGACUCCAAACUUAAAAAAGCAACAACUGAGGUGAAAAAGGACAAAGUGAUUGAUUCAAUGUCCAAGACUUCAUUUCUUGACAUGCUAAAAACUAAUUCCUCGUCAAAGAAAGCCUUGAAAAUGCAAGAAGAGACAAUGGCUGCUGGAAAGGAAGCCCCGGCUUGGGACAUUCUACGAGAUGAUUUCAUGAUGGGAUCAAAAAUGAAAGACUGGGACAAAGAUGACAUUCAUGAUGAUGAUGAUGGUGAUGAUGGUGCAGCUGCGGAGGCGUUGGAAAGCAGCGAUGAUAAUCAAAGUGAAUGAAAGCCUUACAGUGGGGGUUAAUUGUGGAUUGUGUUGAACCAUACCUGCAGAUUCUCACUGUACAUUUCCGCACUACUGGUCAAGAGACCAGUACGGGAGUAUGUCAGAGAUUCCAUUAGAUCAAAUUGGCCGGUCUGGAAAGGGUCGAAAUUUUCCAGCAUGGUUCAUUUCUAGAAUUUUGCCAACGAAGGAGCACACGUGUGGAUGAAUGCAAUGACCAUGGAAAUGGCAUUAUCGCCACUUACGAUAAAAAUUUCAAGAGAUAAUGUAAUUUUUAAAUAAUAGGCAUUUACAAGUAACA